GCUCUGACCCAAUUCCUUCCAUUCUAUCGCCUUUUCUCCCUCCUCCCCCCUUUGCCACUCAACAUGGCCUCAUCAUCUUCAUCAUCGCCAGAGCUCUAUGCAGCCGCACAAGCGUCAUCAUCCCACGAACACGCGUAUGCGACUGUUCAGUAUUCUGAUCUCAGUAGAGAUGAGGUCCUCGAGGACCUGUCCAGUCGUUUCAUCCUCAACCUCCCUGAAGAGGAGCUCGCGUCGGUCGAGAGAGUUUGCUUCCAGGUGGAACAAGCUCAUUGGUACUACGAAGACUUCAUUCGAGAGCAGAACCCAUCCAAGUUCCCAUCCUACACACUCAAGACAUUUUCCGAAGCUCUGUUCCGCGCAUGCCCUCUUCUCGCACACUGGGCAGAAGAUCACGACCGCUCCUUUGAACAAUUCAUGAAGUACAAGACUCGCGUGCCAGUGUGCGGCGCAAUCAUGCUCAACGACACCUGGGAUAAGGUCGUGCUCGUCAAGGGCUGGAAAUCGUCAGCAGGAUGGGGCUUCCCGAAAGGCAAGAUCAAUGAGCAGGAACCGAAGCAUCGUUGUGCCAUUCGCGAGGUGCUCGAAGAAACUGGAUAUGACCUAGAGGAGCAACUAGACCCCGACAAUGUCCUGCAGAUGUCCAUUAAGGAGCAGUCGAUCUCUCUGUACAUAGUCCCUGGAGUGCCGGAAGACUACCCCUUCAAGACAAGGACGAGGAAGGAGAUCAGCAAAAUCUCUUGGUUCCGAUUGAGCGAGCUCCCGACUUGGAAGCGCGGCAGAACUGUGCCUGGCAAGUUCUAUCUCAUCUCGCCAUUCAUCGGUCCUCUCAAAGCCUUCAUUCAUGACCGCAAGCCCCAUCAUCUCCCGCGCAAAAUACCCAAACCCCCUGUACAAAAUGUUAAGGAAGAAAUUCAAUCUUCUAGCGAGGAGGAUGGUGCAGCCGCGCAGGAUCAGAACGCUCAAGAGCUAAGCUCUCAAGCAUCGUCUGCAGAACCCCACACGCCUUCCCCCCAGUACAGUGCUGCUCGCGUUCAUGACUCGACUUUCGAGUCAAGCAUUAGCACCGCCACGCCCGACCCUGCUCGACAGGCCGACCCCAUCCCCCUCAAUACGGGAGACUCCCAUCUGGCCGUUCUUCUUAGUGGACUGAUGCGGUCUGCCGCAUCCGUUACAUUGGACGAUACGGGCAAGCCUCAGACUCCGCCAGUUGAGGUGUUACCCGUGCCAGUCCCGGCUUCUCAUCGUCAAGCUCUACCCGCUCAGCCUUGCGAGAGCCCGGAUUGGUCUGCUCACGCGCCGGCCAAAAUGUCUGCACCCAUUGUACAGCUGCCCUCGACCGUCUCUGCAGCUAUCCCACCUCCACAGUCUCCCGGGCGCACCCCCUUGCAAAGUAGCUCUUCUGGUACAUCGUCCGCGACAUCACCUUCUCUUGGCACGGUAGGCGGCGGCCAUGCGCGUCGUGGUUCGACGGCAGACAUUUCUCCUUACCUCUCGCAUAGUCGCAACAUAGCCAAGGAGAUGCGGUACAUCUCUAUACUGGAAAGCGUGGCUCAAGAGUCGGAUAGGGCUACUUCUCGUAUGGGUCAUCGCUCCCCUAUGGCGGCGCCAUCCCAGCCUGCCUACGUACCUCUUCAGCCUCCCUCCGUGCCGCCACCCACCAUCGACCAGUCGGUCAUUUAUUCCUCUCCCACACCACACAUGCCCCGCUCGCAAGACCUGCAUUCCGCGUACCGGGGGCAAGCUCCAGAUGUGUUCAUGAACCGUCCCCAGACCAGUCAUGCCUAUCACCUCCCUCCCUUCGUUCCUGCGGCCAUUCCUCGACAGAGCAUGAACGAGCAUCAGCUACGUGCCAUGCUGCCAUUGAGCGGUCCGUGCCACGGCUCGGCAUCAUCCUUCGCGCCUCCGCCGAUGUAUCCUGCAUUGCUCCAGGCGCCGACCAGUCCUUUGCGCACUGUCCCUCCUCCCCACUAUGCUGCACCUCAUAUCGCUCAUAAUAAUGCCAUCAGAGCCACCAACAAUGCUCAGUUACUAUCUAUUCUUAACGCACCGAGCCCCGGAUACCGGGCGUGAACUAGUCAAUAAGAGUACCGACCCUAGAUAAUGAUGAUGAUAGCUGAGCAGCGCGUUCUCACUUUCCUGUAUUGAUACAGUCAGUCAUAGUAUUGGUUCUCUGUCUAUUGUUGAUAUUGCAUGUCCAUAUCUCCUCUAUCCUGUCCUACCCUAUACGCACAAACACCCACUUUCCCCGCCCGCAUCUGCUUUCGUGCAUGGACAGUGCAGCCACAGCGUACCCCCUCCCCUCUCACAUCCCAGCACGCCUGUAGUCCAAUUUUCUCGUCUUUCUGAUUCUUAUCCUGCUCCGCUUCGAUCAUAGGCUAGCUAUGGUCCGUGUCCCCUCCUUCCGAUCUCCGUUUCUGCCAUCUCCGUAUCGCUCUCCGUCACGCUCGCUCC